AUGGUACAGAUGACUAAACGUGGAAUCAGAACCAGACUGUCCUGUGACUUUACUCCCGGAAGGUUCACAGUGCUAUGUGGACGAGGCAAGGAGUACACUUCCUCAACCGGUAACCAACACUUGAAAUCGCUUGUCCACAAGUAUCUCAAACCAUAUUCCGAAGCCAAAAGCAAAAUGGCCAAGUCUUCGAUUGUGGCCGAGAUCAUGGGACAAAUCAAGGGUCUAUGCUCCGAUGCAGCCUUUGUCAAGCUUAAGAAUGGAGUUUGGUGGGAGGUUGACGAUGCCUUUGCCCGAGAAAAGAUUGGAUGCAUGUUCCGUGAUACCCUCCACACUCAAUACCGAUCAAGUACCAAGGCCAAGUUCGCAAGAAAGAAGGCCAACCAAACAGGAUCAAGCGGCAGACGGGACUCUUCUUCUUCUUCUUCGAGUAUGGCGGAGAGCAUCCAGAGUAUGGUCUCCACACUAUCGAGCUCAUCCGCGGAAACUUAUGCCUCCGACUACGCUGUAGAGAUCUUUGGACAACCAUCCACCCAAAUGAGCUCCCAGAAAGUUGAACCCGCUACUCUUUUCAAUCCACUCAAUGACUACUACUCAUUGCUUUCUAGCUACUUAACACUUGGUCCAAAGGAGCAACAACAGCAGCAGCCGAAGAAGGUUUCCACACCCAUCGACUUUUGUGUGAUGCCAAUGCAGAUGCCUUCGGCUCUGGCCCUGGAACCUGUACAUUUUGAUGAUAUCCCAGAUGAUGAUCUUUCAGGUAUCUUUGAUGACUUUUGA